CUUUAAAUUUCCGACAGCACCUGAAGGCCUCACAGUCACGUGAAAAAAACAGAGAAAGACGGAAAUGUUGCUGAGCUACAACUUGUGGUAAAACAGAAGAAGAAGAAUGACGACAGCAGCUCUGACUGCGGGUCUGGAGCGGAUCCCGGAUCAGCUCGGGUACCUGGUCAUCAGUGAGGACGGGGUUCUGGCCUCUGCAGGUGAGCUGGAGAACGACGAACACACAGCAGGCGUGAUGAUGCAGAUGGUUCGAACAGCGAGUCGAUUCCGGUUACCUGGAUCAGCUGAGCCGCCCUUCAAGCGCAUGUCAGUGAUUCUGGAGGAUUUCGUUUACGCGGUGACGGUUUCUGGGCAGAAAGUUUUUGUGGUCAAACGUCAAAACAACCAGCAGGAGCCAAUCAGUGUGUAGAGACGGACACACAGGAAGUGAGGUCAUCCGGCGGCAGCGUCUCGGACUCGGCUUGUGUUUGAUUUCCAUAAAGUUUUGUGUGUUUGAAUGUUGAACCUGUGUGAGUGACAAUAAAAGCAUGUUUAAAGUUGC